AGAGUUGGGGCCUGGCUAGAACCAUGAAGUGGCUGCUGCUGCUCAGUCUGGUGGCGCUCUCUGAGUGCCUCUACAAGGUCUCCCUCAUCAAAAAGAAGUCCUUGAGGAAGAACCUGAUCGAGCAUGGCCUGCUAAAGGACUUCCUGAAGAAUAACACCUUGGACCCAGCCAGCAAGUACUUCCCCCAGGGGGAGGCUGCCACCAUGAUAGCCAACCAGCCCCUGGUGAACUACCUGGAUAUGGAGUACUUCGGCACCAUCGGCAUCGGAACCCCCGCCCAGGAGUUCACCGUCAUCUUCGACACCGGCUCCUCCAACCUGUGGGUGCCCUCCAUCUACUGCUCCAGUCCUGCUUGCACCAACCACAACCGCUUCAACCCUCAGGAGUCGUCCACCUACCAGGCCACCAGCCAGACACUCUCGAUUGCCUAUGGCACUGGCAGCAUGACAGGCAUCCUCGGAUACGACACUGUCCAGGUUGGAGGCAUCGCUGACACCAAUCAGAUCUUCGGCCUGAGCGAGACUGAGCCCGGCUCCUUUCUGUAUUACUCUCCCUUCGACGGCAUCCUGGGGCUGGCCUACCCCAGCAUUUCCUCCUCCGGGGCCACACCUGUCUUUGACAACAUUUGGAACCAGGACCUGGUUUCCCAGGACCUCUUCUCUGUCUACCUGAGCUCCAAUGACCAGAGCGGCAGCGUGGUGAUGUUUGGUGGCAUCGACUCCUCUUACUACACCGGAAGUCUGAACUGGGUGCCUGUUUCUGCCGAGGGUUACUGGCAGAUCACCGUGGACAGCAUCACCAUGAAUGGAGAGGCCAUCGCCUGCGCCGAGGGCUGCCAGGCCAUCGUCGACACCGGCACCUCUCUGCUGUCCGGCCCAACCAGCCCCAUCGCCAACAUCCAGAGCUACAUCGGAGCCAGUGAGAACUCGAAUGGCGAGAUGGUGGUCAGCUGCUCAGCCAUCAGCAGCCUGCCCGACAUCGUCUUCACCAUCAAUGGCAUCCAGUACCCUGUGCCAGCCAGUGCCUACAUCCUGCAGGACGAGGGGGGCUGCACCAGCGGCUUCCAGGGCAUGAACAUCCCCACCGCCUACGGAGAGCUUUGGAUCCUGGGUGAUGUCUUCAUCCGCCAGUACUUUGCUGUCUUCGACAGGGCAAACAAUCAGGUCGGCCUGGCUCCCGUGGCUUAAGCCUAAGUCUUUCUAUCCACUUCCCAGGAAGAUCUGGCCUCCGUCCUGCACCCACUUUAGAUGUAUAUAAUUAAUUCUCCUGACUGUCCUUCCCAGGGGAAUGUGGAGGUCUUGGCCCUGUUCCCUGUCCUACCAAUAAUGUAGAAUAAAAACACAACCUCCUG